CUUUAACAAUCGCCAAUUUCCAACCCCCCAAACAAUAUACCCACGUCCUGAUAGAUCUUCGAGCGUUGCUUCGACGUUAAUAUACGACUACCCUCAUGGCAUAGAUGUGACAGCAAAAUCCUCCUGGGGAAGAAGCAGACAUCAUGGCCAAUCCUCAAACCGAGGACCCCUUCCUCGAAGUCCAAACAGAUGUCCAAUCGACACUCCAAUCCACCCGCCACCUGUUUUCGUCGUACUUGCGCAUCCGAACGCUCUCGACAUCGGCCGCCUCGCCCGAACUCCAGCAAUCCCGCGCCGAGUUGCGCUCAAACCUCGAAACCCUUUCCACCGACCUCGCGGACCUCCUCGAGUCAGUGUCUGCCGUCGAAACCGACCCGUACCGGUUCGGCCUCGACGUCGCCGAAGUUCAGCGUCGGCGACAAUUCGUCAAGGAUGUCGGGGACGAGGUGGAGGGCAUGCGCCAUGAGCUGGAGGGCGUGACUGCGGACACCCACGUUGCGGGCCAUGGUGCUGCCGGGAGGAACAACAACACGAAUCUCCCGAUGCCGUCGGCUUUCGAGGAUGAGAACGGCGGCGGUGACGACGACGAUCCUUAUGGAGAAUUCGAGGCGCAGCAGCAGGCCACCAUGAUGGCCGAGCAGGAUGAGCAGCUCGACGGAGUGUUUCAGUCGGUCGGAGUGCUUCGGGGCCAGGCCGAGGACAUGGGUCGAGAACUGGAAGAGCAAGGGCACAUGCUUGACGAGGUCGACACGCUCGCCGAUCGAGUCGGGGGGAAACUCAACGUCGGCGUCAAGAAGGUCGGCGAGGUGAUUAGAAAAAACGAGGACAGCGUGAGCAGCUGCUGCAUAGCUGUCUUGGUCGUGGUGUUGAUCAUACUGUUGAUCUUGGUCAUUGUUUUAUGAUGAAAACAGUCGGUCGGAGUACAGUAAGAAAAGAAGACGAGUCGUUGAAUAUCAACGCGGAAUUGAGGACAUACGUAUCAGACAGAGUGAUGGAUGCUCUAUUCGCCCAGCCUGGCGCCAUGAUUGACUAUGCGGAGACAGAGAAACUGAAUUCAAGGGUGCAAAGAAACAAGUACAACAUUAUGGUAUCAUUGGUUCGAAUGUCUACGGGGAUGUACAAACGAGUUCAAACGCCAGGUGAUGAUGGUACAUGUUUGGAACAUAUCCGGGACAUUUGUUGAAGACGUUUUGCUCAGUCCUUGCGUUGUCGCUUGGAUGGUCUGGCGUCUUCUGCAGGAACAAGCUCUGGUACGUCCUCGUCGUCCUCAUCGUCCUCAUCGUCCUCAUCGUCCUCAUCGUCCUC